AUGGCCCAACGCACCAGCAUCGACAAGGAGAAGGACUUUGAGACGGCCGUCUCGGCGCCUGUCGACGACAUCAGCCCCGAGGACGACAAGCGUAUCCGGCGCAAGAUCGACGCCAUCGUCCUCCCGGCCAUGUUUAUCAUCUUUUGUCUCCAGUUUCUCGACAAAAUCUGCAUGAGCUACGCCGCGGUCAUGGGCUUCAUGGAGGAUAACCACCUCACGACUGGGCAGUUCACCUGGCUUGGCAGCAUCCUGUGGCUCGGCUUCCUGAUCGGCCAGUACCCCCAGAACCUGCUCAUGCAGAGGUUCCCCAUCCCAAAGGUCCUCGCCGUGAACAUUGUCAUCUGGGGUGUGGUGCUGUGCAUGAUGGCCGUUGCGCACAACUUUGCUGGACUGAUGGGGUGCCGAUUCUUGUUGGGCUUUUGUGAGGCUUGCGUCACUCCCGGAUUCGCAGUUAUGACGGGACAGUGGUACAAGGUGCGCGAGCAGGGUGCUCGCACAGGCUUUUGGCUUUCGUUCGCCGGAUUGGGCUUCAUCAUCGGCGGCUCGAUGGGGUACGGCCUCGCCCAGGCCAACGACCAAGGCAAGCUCGCCCUCGCCGGCUGGAAGGUUCUCUUCAUCAUCCUCGGCGUGGUGACCGUCGCCUCUGGUGUGGCAUUCGGACUCGUGGUGCCCAAUUCCCCUUCCACCGCGUGGUUCUUCAACGAGGAGGACCGCAAGCUCGCCGUGCUCCGCGUGCGUGCCAACCAGCAGCCAACCAAGUCGGAAUGGGACUGGAAGCAGUGUCGCGAGGCGAUUCUCGACCCACUGACCUGGUGCUACGCCGGCGUUGCAUUCUUCUGCAUGAUUCCUUCGGGCGGCACGGGAAUCCUCUUUACCCUCCUGAUCAAGUCGUUUGGCUUUACUUCUCUCCAGACGCUCCUCCUUGGCAUGGUCAAUGCGUGGCUCUCUUUCAACUAUGCCUUCUUCCCUUGGCUCGGAGACAAGAUCAAGAACCGUUGUGCCGUGGCCGCCGUGUGGCCUCUUGUUGGCAUCGCCGGGCUCGCCAUGGUCUGGGCUGUCCCUACCCACCUUCGCGUCGUGCGCCUUAUCGGCUACUACUUGAUCACGCCACAGAUCGUCUCGUAUGUCACCACCAUCUCGCUUAUUACUUCCAACGUCGCGGGCAAGACAAAGCGCACGACAGUCAACAUCAUCUACUUUGUGGCUGUGUGCACUGGUAAUCUCAUCGGGCCGCAAAUGUACCGUGCCAAAGACGCACCCAAGUUCACCUUUUUCUACACCUUCAACAUUGCGUGCAUCGCCAUGACGGUUGUGCUGAUCGUGGUUAUUCUUCUCAUUUAUCGCCGUGAGAAUGCCAGGCGCGACAAGCUCGAGGCCGCAAACGGUGUCGUGGAGUUUGAUCCUGACAGCGACUUUACCGACCGCACCAACCCGCACUUCCGGUACGCUUACUAG